AUGGCUAUUUGUAUAUGUGCUUUUCAUAAAAUUGCUGACGGGGCCACGCUGUAUGGCCUCGCCAAUGCCUGGGCAAAAACUGCCCAGGGUAGCUCCAAUGAUUUACCUGAAUUCGUUUCAGCUGCUAAAUACUUGCCACCACCCAUCCCUCAUGUCUCAAACAAACCAACACUGCAGUUUGAAUUUACCAAUUUCUAUUAUAACGAACAAAGUGUUUCAAAAUUAUUUACUUUUGAUGCUUCUACUAUAACAUCGCCCAGGGCUAAGGCCGUGAGCGAUGAUGUACCCGUGCCAACACGGGUUGAAGCUCCAUUGCCAGAUCAUUGUGUAGGAAAUGUUGUUGGAGUUGCCACAGCGUGUAAAGGUGAGAACGACGAUGGAUCUGACUCAGCCACAUUGGUGAAUUGUAUAAGAAAAUCGUUUUCACAACUGAGUUCCAAGUAUGUGGAGAAACAAAGUCGAGAUGAGGCGAUUUUUGCCAUUCCCUGUGACUUCAUGGAGAUAACUGAAAGGCAAAUCCUAGGGGAGAUUGCGUUACAACUUAGUAGCUUGUGUGGCUACAAUAUAUACGUUGAUUUUGAUUGGGGAAAACCAUCAUGGGUAAGUUCAAGUCCAAGGAUGCCUAGGAAUAAUGUCCAAUUGAUGGAAACAAAGGAUUGUGAUGGAAUAGAUGCGUGGAUAUGUUUGAAAGAUAAAGAUGCUAUGUCAAAUUUUCAACAAGAGCUAGAGCUGCAGUUGCUACCAUUUGGAUCUGUCAACUAA